AGCAUUUGCAGCACCAUGGGAACUGCAUACCUACAGAAGGUCAAGUAGCUUCUAGGUCGUAGUUUCAAUUAGUUGCGAGGCUCGAAUGCCGUCACUCUCACCCAUCGUCUCCUAAGCCUGACUCGCUCUCUAGUCCGUUCCUGCGUACGAUUAGCCUCCAAUUGCCCGUUAGAUCCGGCCCUCUUGUCCAGGUUUUGGAAUCCGCCGAUCUUGACUGUCAGUUCCUGACAUCUACACCUCCACACCUCUGCAUACCCCAUCGAGCUCAUCUUUCCCCCGACCUAAUUACGCAGCGGACGCAUUUCCACCAACUGCUGUCUUUCCUCCCCCCCCUCCCCCACCCCCCCCCCCCGCCCCUCCUCCGCCUCUUCUAGGUCACUUUUGUCACCACCUCAAAAGUCACCAACGACUGCCUUUCCUCCCCGCUCCUCCGCAUCUCAUUUCCCCCAUCCCCCGCAUCUCCCUCCCCCGCUUCUUCGCCUCUCCUCGGCCCCCCCCACUCCGCCUCUCCCUCCUCCGCCAUGUCGUCGCUCCCCCAAGCGCUGCUCCCAUCGGAGGACGAUCUUCUAUACGAGGAGGAGAUUCUCCGAAACCCCUUCUCUCUUAAACUCUGGUGGCGCUACCUCGCGGCGCGGCGCGAUUCGCCCGCGCGGAAGCGGUACUUAAUUUACGAGCGCGCGCUCGUCGCCCUCCCGGGUUCUUAUAAACUAUGGGCGGCUUACCUCCGGGAACGCCGCGCCGCGGUGCGCGGGCUUCCCGCGAAUCACGCCGCGCACGCGGCUUUAAACAACGCGUUCGAGCGCGCGUUAGUAACCAUGCACCGCAUGCCGCGCAUCUGGCUCGAGUACCUCUCCGCGUUAGUAGACGACCAGAAGCUAGUAACGCGCGCGCGCCGCACGUUCGACCGCGCGCUUCGAUCCCUCCCCGCGACGCAGCACGAUAGGCUAUGGGACCCGUAUCUUAAAUUCGUGCGCCAGACUGGCAUCCCCAUCGAGACCGCGCGCCGGAUUUUCCGCCGGUUUUUGCGGUUCGAUCCGUUGCGCGUGGAGGAGUAUGUGGAGUUCUUAGUGGACGCGCAGGAAUGGCGCGAGGCGGCGGAGCGGCUCGCGUCGGCUUUAAACGACGAGAAAUUCGUGUCGACACGCGGGAGAACGCGCCACCAGCUGUGGCUGCAGCUGUGCGACCUGCUGACGCGGCACGCGGAGGUGAUGCACGGGGACGCGGGAGGCGCGGGGGUAGGCGGAGCGGGGGGAGGCGGAGGGGGAGGCGGAGGCGGAAGAGGCGGAAGCGGAACCCUAAAAGUGGAUGCGAUUCUGCGAAGCGGGAUCAGGCGAUUCUCGCACGAAGUGGGAAGAUUAUGGACGUCCUUAGCGGACUAUUACAUCCGGCGAGGGCUGUUCGAGCGCGCUAGAGACGUGUACGAGGAUGGAUUAACUAGCGUUAUGACCGUUAGGGAUUUCAGUGUGGUAUUCGACGCCUUGGCGCAAUUCGAAGAGAGUAUGCUGGCUGCGAAACUGGAGCUCACUGCUGGGGAGGAGGAGGAGGCGGUGGAGGAGGAGGAGGGGGAGGAGGAGGAGGAGGAGGAAAGGGAGUGGUGGGAAGAGGAAGAGGGGGAAGAAGGGGAGGGUGAGGAAGCUGGAGCAGGGGCCGAGGAAGGGGCGAGGAGAGAAGCGGAGGGGCAGAAGCAGCAGGCAGACGGGCAAGGGCAGGAGGGUGAAGGGCAGGAGGGUGAAGGGCAGGAGGGUGAAGGGCAGGAGGGUGAAGGGCAGGAGGGUGAAGGGCAGGAGGGUGAAGGGCAGGAGGGUGAAGGGCAGGAGGGUGAAGGGCAGGAGGGUGAAGGGCAGGAGGGUGAAGGGCAGGAGGGUGAAGGGCAGGAGGGUGAAGGGCAGGAGGGUGAAGGGCAGGAGGGUGAAGGGCAGGAGGCAAAGCCGAAGGGCAAGAAGCUGAGCAAACAGCAACUGCUGAAGCUGCAGCGACUCCACCAGCAGCAGCAGCAGGAGGAGGAUGCGCUCAAAGCAAACCCAGCUAACAACAAAAACCCCAAACCCAAACCCAAACCCAAACCCGCGGACUGGAUGUUCCGCACCUCCGACGUGGAUCUGCGCCUGGCGCGCCUAGAAGCGCUCAUGGAGCGCCGCCCGGAGCUGGUCUCCGCGGUGCUCCUCCGCCAGAACCCCCACAACGUGCACGAGUGGCACAAGCGCGCCAAGCUCUUCCAAUCCAACCCCGAGCGGCAAAUUUUGACCUACACGGAGGCGGUGAAGACGGUGGAUCCGUUUAAGGCGGUGGGCAAGCCGCACACGCUGUGGGUGGCGUUUGCGAAGCUGUAUGAGAAGCACGGGGACCUGGGGAAUGCACGGAGGGUGCUAGAGAGGGCGGUGCAGGCGAGGCUGAAGGGGGUUGAGGAUGUGGCGGCGGUGUGGUGCGAGUGGGCGGAGAUGGAGGUGCGGCACCACAACUUCCAUGGGGCCCGGGAGCUGCUGAGACGGGCUACUUUACAGCCCUCGCAGGCUGUGCUACGACAAGCUGCGGCAGAGGGGGAUGAGCGCCCUCAGCUCAAAGUGUACAGGAGCCUCAAGGUGUGGACGCUGUACGUGGACAUAGAGGAGAGCCUGGGGACGCUGGAGUCGACCCGGGCCGUCUACGACCGAAUCAUCGAUUUGAAAAUCGCCACUCCGCAGAUCAUCAUCAACUAUGCGCUCAUGCUGGAGGAGCACAAGUACUUUGAGGACAGCUUCAAGGUGUACGAGCGCGGAGUGAACAUCUUCAAGUAUCCCCACGUGCGCGACAUCUGGACCACCUACCUCAACAAGUUCGUGCAGCGCUACGGCGGCAAGAAGCUGGAGCGGGCGAGGGAUCUGUUCGAACAGGCAUUGGAGAGUGCCCCAGCAACGGACUGCAAGCCUCUCUACCUAGCUUACGCAAAGCUGGAGGAGGAGUUCGGGUUGGCACGGCACGCCAUGGCGGUGUACGAGAGGGCAGCGCAGGCGGUGCUGGACGACCAGAAGAUGGGGGUCUAUGAGCUCUUCAUCGCCCGGGCUGCUGAGCUGUUCGGCGUUGCCAAGACCCGGGACAUCUACGAGAGGGCCAUCGAGUCGGGCCUACCUGAUGCAGACGUGAAGAAGAUGUGCCUGCGGUACGCUGCCCUGGAGAGGCGGCUAGGCGAGAUUGACCGCGCGAGGGCCAUAUUCGUGCACGCUAGUCAGCUGGCGGACCCGCGGUCGGACGGGGAGUUCUGGGACGCAUGGAACGCAUUUGAGAUCGCGCACGGGAACGAGGACACGUUCAGGGACAUGCUGCGGAUCAAGCGAUCCGUGUCUGCCAGCUACAGCCAGAUGCAUUUCAUUCUGCCCGAGUACCUCAUGCAGAAGACAGCUCCCUCGGUCCCCAGGGAGGGUGCAGCUGGCCGGGGCAGGGAGGGCGCACCUGGGGAAGGCUUACUCGACGGCGCAGGUGCUGCUGAUGCCGGUGCUGCUGGUGGUGGUAUGGAUAGUAUGGAGGCUCUAGAACAGGCAGCAGCAGGGAGAGCAGGAGGAGGAGUGGGAGGAGGGGAGGGGGGUGCGAAGCCCCGUGUGCCCAUGUUUGUGAGUGGGGGUACAGUGCAAGAUCAGGAGACCGGAGCAGGGGUGAAGUCACAGCAGGCGAAUCCGGAGGAGAUCGAAUUGGCUGAGGAUGAUGAGGAAGGGGAGGAGGAGGAAGGGGAGGAGGGCGAGGGAGGGGAGGGGAAGGGGGGGAGCAAGGUGGGGGUGAUGCAGGUGUCGGUGCCUGCAGGGGUGUUUGGGGCGCUGGCUGGGAAAGCAGAGGAGAUGGCGAAGCGAGAGAGGGAAGCGGCGGAGAAGGGAGGGGAGGAGGAGGGGGAGAAGGAGGCGAUAGGGGCGUUGGAGAGGUUCAAGAGGCAGAGGAAGCAGUAGCGAAGCUCUGGGCAUUGCUUGCGUUAACUUUCUUUCACCAGUUGUUAACGAACUGGGAGAUUCUUUGGGGCCGUGUGGUUUAUGUGAUCCGUGGAAGGAUGGAAUGGUUUGAUCGUCAUGACUCAUGAGCCAUCCACGAAGUGAGGAGAUCUGUCACCCCUCCACCAACUAUUAUCGAAACUGGAUACGUGGUAGGUAACAGGGAAUGGAUAUUCAUUACUUGCUAGCCUGGCCAGCAGAACUACUAAUUUACGCUAGCUGAG